CAUGUUCGUGGAAGUUUGAACGCGUUUCUCGAAAGAAUUGAAAGAACGUUAUUUUGUUGACAGUGCCGAAAUAAACACGUGGAAAAUCUACGAACAUGGCGGCUGUUGCAGCUGCAAAAGUUCAAGAAGUCCGUGAAAUUACUAGGAUAGAGAGGAUUGGAGCACACUCUCACAUUAGAGGUUUAGGCUUGGAUGAUAGCUUAGAACCUCGUCAUGUAUCGCAAGGAAUGGUUGGCCAGCUUAUGGCACGGCGUGGUGCUGGUGUUGUCCUUGAGAUGAUUAAAGAGGGUAAAAUAGCUGGGAGAGCUGUCUUGCUGGCGGGCCAGCCUGGCACUGGAAAAACUGCCAUUGCUAUGGGAAUGGCACAAGCUUUGGGAAUGGAUACUCCAUUUACCUCAAUGGCAGGCUCUGAGAUAUACUCGUUGGAAAUGAGUAAAACCGAGGCUCUGACCCAAGCUAUUAGAAAAUCCAUCGGCGUAAGGAUCAAAGAAGAAACAGAAAUAAUAGAGGGUGAAGUAGUUGAAAUCCAAGUAGAUAGACCUGCGACAGGUGUUGGUGCAAAAGUUGGUAAACUGACGCUGAAAACAACGGAGAUGGAAACGAUCUACGAUCUAGGAAACAAAAUAAUCGAUAGUUUAAUGAAAGAAAAAGUACAAGCUGGAGACGUAAUUACAAUCGACAAAGCUACGGGAAAAAUAAACAGACUGGGAAGAUCGUUCACCAGAGCUCGGGAUUACGACGCAACUGGUUCACAAACGCGAUUCGUGCAAUGUCCCGAGGGUGAAUUACAAAAACGCAAAGAGGUGGUACACACGGUAACUUUGCACGAAGUCGAUGUUAUAAAUAGUAGAACCCACGGAUUCCUGGCGUUAUUUUCCGGCGAUACAGGAGAGAUUAAGUCCGAAAUACGAGAUCAAAUAAACGCGAAAGUUGCCGAAUGGCGCGAGGAGGGAAAGGCAGAAAUCGUUCCAGGUGUUUUAUUCAUCGACGAGGUUCACAUGCUCGAUAUCGAAUGUUUCUCGUUCCUGAAUCGAGCACUCGAGAACGAAAUGGCCCCCGUUGUUAUCAUGGCUACGAACAGAGGUAUUACACGAAUCAGGGGAACGAAUUACAAAAGUCCCCAUGGCAUUCCGAUAGAUUUGCUGGACCGUAUGAUCAUCGUUCCAACGACUCCCUAUCAGGAGAAGGAGUUGAAGGAAAUUUUAAAGAUAAGAUGCGAAGAAGAAGACUGUGAAAUGGCGGACGACGCUUUAACGGUACUUACCAGAAUCGCAUUGGAAACGUCGUUGAGAUACGCGAUUCAAUUAAUUACAACCGCUUCUCUGGUUAGUCGGCGAAGAAAGAGUACGGAAGUGAAUAUCGACGACGUGAAGCGCGUUUACUCCCUGUUCCUAGAUGAAAACAGGUCUACUCAGUUCCUGAAAGAGUACCAAGAUGAUUUUAUGUUUAACGAAAUGCCCGAAGAACCAAUGGAAGUAUCGUAACGAUAAAUAAAUAAAUAGAAGACUUAAAUUUGAACCUUGUUCAAUAAAAGUUGGUAAUUUCUUUCGUUUCAUGGCAAUCAGCAACUUCCUUAAAACACUAGAUAGGCAUAGGUAAAUACAGUACAUGUAAACGUAACAUCAGAA